AUGCAGCGAAACCAAGAAGAUGACGAGCCCAAGACGAGGUCUUCUUCUCGAAGAAGUUCAGCCUCCCUAUCAAGAAGAGGCAGUGUUAGAGAAAACGUAAAGAAGUCUCCUUUAAACACAGCGACUAGCUCUGCUAACACCACGCCGAAGAAAGUCGUAAAGCCGCAGAACUUCGAGUUUGUAGUCACUGGCAAACAGAUUUUGAGGAGAUGCGACCGCGCCAACUCGCUUCCCGGCACGUGUAGGCGAGCGUCUGUCGAUUCGCCGAAGGUAAAACGAACUGUCGACUCUCCAAAGAAGGUCGCUCAUGUCUCCCAAACCUCCAAGAGUCAGGAGACUUCGCUAGAAGACGAUAUGUCGCUGGACUUGUCGCAGGUGUCAGACUUCGAAGACACGAACUCAAAAUACGGGGUGAAACAGAAAUUUCGCGCGCUUGCCACUUCUACUCCAAAGAAACCUUGGCAGAAGACGAGGAGCUGCUCCCUGCAGAGCGCGAUGCAGACGCAGAAGGUAGAGGUCAAGAGACAACAGAAGAGUCUGGAGAACACGGCCAGGAGCAAGGAGAGCAGGACUUCUUCCAGCAGCCCUUAUCGCUGCGGCACAGAGCUGGACUACUCGUCAGUGUCUCCGGAGUACUCUGGCCAGUCGUCGGCAGACCUGUCGCCGCGCGCCUACAGACAGACCAGCACCAUCGCCACGCCUGCCAGCCAGGACAUGCAGUUGUCCAGCUGCUGCAUCAGCACAUGGCAGGACUGCUCUGAGGCGGAUACUAAGGUGGACCGCGGCGAGGGAGAAUGGACCCACUUCUGGGCGAACUACAACAAUUCCAUCUCGAAGAUGCCCAUGAAGUGUUACUACGACCAGUGUCCGACGCCAUACCGGACGGACACCAUUGACUUUGGGGAUUUGGAUUUAUCAACAGAGGGCUCGAGAAUGCGAUCACCGGACAAUUUGAAAAACGUAAAUAACAUCAUCAGAAAUGAAGGAUUACAUUUAACGCCGCGCGAAACACAAAACAUGAUAAAAUGUGCACAUAUUUUAGGCAAUGUUCUAUCAAAAGCUAUAGAAAGAAGGUCUAGGGAGAAAGAUGAGAAUUUGCAAGAACUAAACGCCGAACCGGAACGCGAAAUUAAAAAGAAAACAAUGACAUUAGAUCUGAGAGAGACAAACAUACCUCUGGAGGUGAAAGAAGAAAAGAGAAGCGAGACAGUGACAACGCAAACUGACAUUUCGUUGCCAAACACGAAAAGCGCGCCGAAAAUAUUUGAAAAUAUUUUACGGCAGUUAUCAAAGAGUUCCUUAGACAUACCCAAGAAGAAUGAAGUCACAGAAAAAGAAAAAGAAGAUAAUGUUGAGAGUGAAGUUAAAAACGAAAAUUAGAUAAUCUUUUGAAAUGUAAAAUCCAAUCUUUCAAAACUCUUUGAGAGAGUGAAUGGAUGAAUGAGUGAGUGAAUGAGUGUGUGUAUGAGUAUGUAAGUGUGUAUGUGUGAGUAAUAAUAAAAACAUUUAACAGCCAAAUAGCCCCAGAAUGAAAGUAAAAACAUCUCACGUUAACUCUUACUGUAUUGAAUAAAAAAUAAUUUUAUGAGACCUGUAUUUAUGUUUAGAAAUAAGAAAUUAACUGUAACUAGUCAAAUGUUAAUUAUAAU